AUGGCUGCCUUGGAUACAGCGUUCUAUCUCAUACCUUUCAUACAUUGGGGCAUGAUCGUCUCAUUGUUCAUUGUAUCGGGCAUAGCAUGGUCCUUCAACCUGUGGGUCGUGCCGAUCAUUAAGUUGAACCCAUCGAAAAGCGCCAUCGCACAGCUGUUGGAGACAUCCCGACGUGGCGGGGCUUGGCUGGAGCCAUUGAACGCGAGCUUUGCCUUUAUGUUCGGCAUAACGGCCGCUCUGCUUUCGCGACACCCUGAUCCAAAUGUAGCUUCACAAUGGAAGCCGUUUGUAGCCUCGUUUGUUACAUUGCUUCAGGUAGCAUGGUGGGAAAGAGUAAUGAUCUUUCCGCUUGAGGCAUCGAUUGCGAAUCUAGGAAAGGGCAAGGAAAAGAGUGGGGGUGCUGAGGGAGCUUGGAUGGACCAUGAGACCAGCAAGGUCCUGCACAAGUCUCUAGAUGAGUGGUCUCGGUGGCAUGCAGUUCGCGCGACGUUGCCGUUGAUCGGCUCGCUGAUCGCAUUUGUCGCAAAGCUACAAAGCAGGGGUUGA